AGGUACUAACACUUUUCUACACGAAGUUUUUGACACAAUUUUACCAAAAAAAUGAGACGAAAGACAUAUGAUUUUUAUGUGAUUUCAUGAUAGUAUGUAAACAGUUGCAGCAAAGAUAUGAGAGAUGAUGUACAUGUAUAAUGGACUGAAAUCAGCAUUUGCAGAAAUGUUCCCACGUCCUGUACAAGAAAUGUCAUGUAAGGGUGAUAUGUUUUACGAAAUACCUCAACAAGAAAAUAAAGGAAAACAAGGAAAACACAUCAAAAACUAUGCUCCAAAUCCAAAAGAAGAAAUAGACGAUGGAAAUGCAAACAAUGACAAGUCACCAAGUGACCCAGACGAUAUUUCAUCUUUUGUAACAAUUACAGAAAAUUCUACAACUACAACUGUUACUAUCAUACAAAAUGACUCCAUGGAAAUAGUCAGGAACAUUAUAAAAGAAAAUUUAACUUUUGUCAAACACAAUGUAAGAAGUGACAGAUACAAAUCUAAAGAUAGAACUGUUACUGUUCUUUGGUAUAAAACUGACAAGUUGGUUGUCAGUGGAAAUAAAGGAGAUCGUUCAAGAUGGCUACAAUGUAUAGUAAGCAGCCAAAAACAGAUGGAAAAUAAUCAAGGUCCAAAUCAAAAUGAAGAAAUUGAUGGUGGAAAUCAAAACAAUAGCAAGUCACCAAGUCAACCAGAGGAUAUUUCAUCUUUUGUAACAAUUACAGAAAAUUCAGAAGAAAUAGACGAUGGAAUUGCAAACAGUAACAAGUCACCAAGUGAACCAGAAGAUAUUUCAUUCUUUGUAACAAUUACAGAAAAUUCUAAUUCUACAACUGUUACUAUCAUACAAAAUGACUCAACGGAAAUAGUUAGGGACGUUAUAAAAGAAAAUUUAACUUUUGUCAAACAUAAUGUAAAAAGUGACAGUUACAAAUCUAAAGAUAGAUCUGUUACUGUUCUUUGGUAUAAAACUGACAAGUUGGUUGUCAUGAGUGGAAAUGAAGAAGAUCGUUCAAGAUGGCUACGAUGUAUAGUAAGCAGCCUUAAACAAUUGGGAAAUAAUCAAGUUACUUACUCCAUACCUGAUAACAUAGAAGAAAGAGAGUCAUUGGAAAGAUUACUUCGUCAUUGUUCAGAACAUAAUUUGGAAAUUAGAGGAAAUCCCAGAAAAGAUGGAAACUGUUUUUUUGCUGCUGUCACUAGUCAGAUUGAGAGACUUAAUCUCCAACAACAUUUUAAACUUGAUAGCAUUGAUCCACAGUACCUAAGACAGAAAGUCACAGACUUUAUAAGAAACAACAGAAUCAUCCUGGAGACUGAUGUGAAAAUUAAGGAUAUUGUUGGUGACAUUGACAAAUACUGUGAUGUAAUGGAAAAAGAUGGACAAUGGGCCGACCAUGUUGUUGUAGAUGCUAUGGCUAGAAUGUUAAGACAUGAUAUCAAAAUAUUACAAAGUACUCCAAGUUCUGAUGAUAUAAAAGACAGAUUUUCAUUGAUAAAGGGUAGUGAGCAGACUAGCCAGGAUCCAUUGGUUCUUGGUCAUAUUUUUGAGUGCCAUUAUGUGUCUUUACAGAUAAGAGGAGAGUUUGGGGAUAAUCAUCAGGAGUUCCAGGAAUCUGAACCAACUAACUACCUCCAUGGAAGGUCUUCAAAAGCAAAGACAAGUAAAGAACAGAUAGAAGUGAAAGGAAAUAGAAAAGCCGACUUUUUUAAAGAAGAUACACCUCAUGGUUUCAUCAAAAGAUGCAUAUAUAAGAAAUACCUACAACAGUUUAUUGCUGAAACACAAGAUGCUGGUCUAGUUAGCCAUGUGUAUGAUGUAUUUGCUGGUGAAGGGAAUCGUUAUUCAAACGACUGGUCUCCUGUUUACUCUAAUGAGGGAAACUCUACAAAUAUAGAGUUGUAUGGGUCACCAGUAAUAGCAUUGAGAGUUGCAAUAGAAUAUUUUGUUUCUGCGAAACAAUUAUCAAAUGUGUAUAAUCCAUGUGUUGUUAGUGAAGAUAAUUUGGAACACACUUGUGAAUUGCAGCAUUAUUCAAUAAGGUUUUGCUUUGUAGAGAAAAACCAAAAAAGUUUCAAGAUACUUGUCGAUAAUAUUAAGCUGACAUUUGUAUUUUAUAACAUUGCUUUUAACAUUGAAGAAGUAAAGAAAAGAAAAAAUACCAUCAAAGAAGUAGAAAUUUCAAGUCGAAAUGAAGAUUUCCCGAUCUUUAUUUGUAUCAAAAAUGAUGAAUUUGAAAAUUUAGAUCCACCAGACCUAAAAGAAAGGGAAUGCAUGUCAACUUUCAUAGAUCCUUACGGAUAUUCACAAAUACCUAUGGAGAGGGUUGAAAAGUUCAUAGGACCAAGGAAGUCAGCUUUUAUUAAUUUUAUGUAUAAUUUUGUACAUAGAUUUAGAAAAACGAAAGUUGGAGAACCGCAUGUUACUCGAUUGUUUGACUUAAGUAAGGAAUUACUCGAGGAACAAAUUGAUGGAGGAAAGAAAUUAGUUGAAAUUUACACAGAAAGGUUAAAAGUCAAAUCUGAAACAGAGUUUGUCUUGAAUUUUGAAGUUAUUUCUAAAGUUAAUCAAGUACUUUACUACUUAAUCUUUGUAACCAAUGAUUACAGUAAUUUAAAAUGGAUGAAAAAGUCGUUUGUCUUUGGUUCUCAAUUUGAUUACAAACUUGCGCUCUCAGAUUUCCUGCUACAACGAAGAGGUCAUGUGAUGUAUCUUCAUGAAGACCAGGAUGAUCAUAAAGCAGCAAGUGUUAUAUUUGAACAUUUCUGUUCUCAGGCUAAAGUUCGAGUGGAAGAAAUAGAAAAGUUUAUAUGGUGUAAAACUAUUUUUGUAUGGAGACAGACUCUUGUUGAGUUGAUACAAAAGUCAAGGCGUCUUUUAAAGGUAGAGGAUAGCACUGGUAAUUCCAUUAGCUGCAGUGAAUUUCCUCAUGGUGCUUUGUUGUCAUUUAGAUAGAAAUGUGCAAAAGAAAGAUAAAAGAUCUGGAUAGAAAUGGUCAGUCAGAUAAAAUAACAAUUUCUGUCACUGCAAGUAGUUCAACUCAGUGUUUAGCAUGUACACCAAACUGUACUUUAAUUACGCCUAUUUUUAAUUUUAAUUUUUGCCAAAUCACAAGUAAACAUAUGUAAUCAGAAAUUAUCAAUAAGUUGUACAGAAUUGUAAAUGAAAAAUUAAUUGGUGCAAAUGAAAAAUACAAUAUUUUCAAAAUUGGUGCAAUUUAAAAAUACGAAAUUUUCAAAAUUGGUGCAAAUG